AUUCUCCAACACAGAUUGCCUUCGCCAAGCAUGCUUGGCCAGAAAAUCGAUCUUUGUGAUCAAAUUCCGCACAAUGGUAGCUGCACUGUUGGCCACUGCAAAGCUGUUUCCAAAGAUGUCAAAAACCGAGACCGACAAAUUGAUCGCAUCUCUGGCUGCGACGGUCAUUGAGAUGCGUGGGUAAGCGAGUACAAAGCCAACAAGAGUCAUGGCAACAUUCCAUUGCCAUUGAAAUACCUCAUGCCAACCUGACAGAAUAGUUGUCGACGACAGAAUCUGGUAGGUGAUCUUUGUUAGAGCUAUGGCAUGGCUGGCACAUUUGAAAGCCAUUUCUUCCACGACAGUCAGCGGAGGAGUGAGUGCAAACGAGAUGAAUGGGCGACAGAGAUUGGCACUCAGAUUGUGGUACAUGAGUUCAAGAAUAACGCGUUGCCUCUGGAGCCAAAGCGGCGCAAAUUGCUCAAUUUCGAGAUCUACAUCAACGGUUGCAAAUGGCCGACUGCCACUUUUACGUUUCGUCGCGAGUGUGCUUGGUACGCCAUUCGUCCAAUUCUCGAGUUUCUUGACAAACGGGUAGAUGAAUUCAGCCUGGCUUUCCAGAGUAUUGAAGUCGUCCCAUACGGUCUGGCCAUUCUGCAGGUUCAAAUCUCUGCUAUAAAAUGCUGUGUGCGCCUCCCGAGCCACUAGGAACAGGGUGGUGUGGUGUAGAUUGAAACUAAGCCAGGUGGCAUUAUCUCCAAGAGGGGCGAAACUAGAACCUGACAACAUCGCAGCUUCAACGUCGUCCCCUGGUAACUUGGGUGUUGUAUUUGUCUGGUGGAGGAGGAAUGGGCGGCCCAGCUUCAAACCAAGCUUACUGUCCGCACAGAGCAAGGCCCACCAUAAGCGCUUUCGUAUUUCUCGCUCCUUGCGCGGCAUAGUUUGUGGAGGGUCUAGAUGAAGACCAAGCAUGUGAACUGUACGCACAGCAACAGCACAUGUGCUAUCAGACAUGUUUUGAAACGAGCCGGAGCAUAGGUAUAUAAUCGAUAAUAUGUGGCAUUGCAAGGUCGCUAAAGUGGGACUUUCUAGUUCGUAGGCGAGCAAAGACUGGCAUCGUCGGUAAUACCAUCGACCAGCAAUAGUGGCGUCACUAUUAUCUGCAAAUUGAUACUUCAUAUUAGGGGUCAUUGAUAUGCCGUACUGCAUGCCGAGGGCAAUCACAAUGUCAACGAGAGCCGAAUCCUUUCGCGCGUUCCCUGAGGUCGUCCAUAACGACCGAUAGUGCUGCUUGAACUCGAUCUCAUCAAUGAUGGGGAAUAGAGAAGUAUGGUAAGAGUUCCAGUACAAGUCCAGAAAGUACUCCUCUUGGGUCGGGGUGAGAUAAUGGCCAUGUUCAGUUUCGUUUCUUGUUUGAGAAUCAUGGCGAUAAAGUUCCAAUUUCUCGUCAUUGCUGGCCAGUGGCCCAUCAAGCCUCCUACUAACCGAUUCAGGCACCAUUUGAUCUUUCGACUGGGUUUGUUCGAGGGUAAGAUUCAGGAAAUUCGUCAUGCGUCCCAUGAAAUAAAAGAGCGACGAUGGACCAUACCAUGUUUCGUGGGGGGAGCGGGCAGUCCUGAAAUAGAUGCCUCCCCAGUUGGUUCCUUGAGAAACAUUGUCGCUUUCAGAGUGACUACUCUCGGAAAAAGAAAGCUCUGGUGUGGGUAGAUUUGCCGGCGGGGAGGGAAUAUGCUUAUCUUCCCGCUGGCGCAAUUGCCAUAGCUCACGCUGUAGGUCUUUGACCUGGCGUCUUAGGGAUUCAAUCUCUCUCUGUGCAUGAGGCAGAGAUGCGAUCUUCUUAUUAUUAUUCGUGCAUUGGCUGCCCCUUGCCUUGCAAUUGGAGCAUGGAGAGAAGUUGUCACAUUUUAUCCGGCGAAUGCGACAGUCAUCGCAAGCUCUGGUGACCUGGAUUCUUUUCUGACGGGCACGCAGCGGUGAAUGUAUUCGCAAAGGAUUCUCCGAAAGAGACUGCAUUUAUGGUAUGUCGUUCAAAGUAUUAUACCGUGUUGUAGAGUAAAGACGUUUGAAAUCUGAAAUUCUAAAGAUCCCAGCAAAUGAAAGGUGGGGCUGCUGAUGUCAGCCAGCUCCUUGUGGCGCCUGAAACUUCAGGCUACCAGAAGCUUAUUUCUUACCUCCUUAUCAGACUGGCUCAUUCUCGUCCGGAGACAUACUCAUCACCAUCGCCACGACUGGUCAAGGAUCAUGCUGGAAAGUCAGCACAGCUACAUGAUGACCAAGCAAGAUUGCUUGAUUUCGUUCGGCUUCAGUCUUCGGGAGGUCAAAGUCCGAAAAUUUUAUCAGCGGAGUUGCUCCUAUGGGAUCGGGAGUCCUCCAGGGACCCACAUUGUACGGAUGGGAAUAGUGGACACUAACGUGUGCCAGGAGGGCACUAGAAAUGUGUAUCAUAAUAAAUUUCCACUGAUUACAGUCUGGAGCUCUCUUAUUUGCUCAUCUAGCUGCCGUUUGAUUUACAGUGUAUCAAAACAUCUCAAAUACGUCCUAAAUUACACGCUAAUCUGUAUUUCCAGUACUUUCGACUCCCAGUUCUAGAAACAAACGCGAUGACAUCUCUCUGACCCUCACCAUGACAUCUCCGAUGCGAAACAACGUCUCCAUCAUGGCCUCGCUCAAGGAAAAAUAUAAAAGUGGCCUCGGGUUCCUGUGUGAUUUACGUCGUGCCACACAGCAGCAACAUUACAAAAGCAUCCAAAUUACCUAAUUUCAAUAGCAACUGUCGAACACAGAAGCAUCGCACUCCCGAAAGUUCAGAAAUCAUCAUGCCUUCUUUCACCGUCUAUAAAGGUAACAAGGAGGGAUUCCCCAAGAAGAGCAAUACCGUGACACCCGAUGCGCUUGUGGGCGACCAAGUCUACCUCAAAGUGACCGCAUCCGGUGUUUGUGGAACGGAUCUUCACUACAGACAUGUCGACAUGGUCCUCGGACACGAAGGUGUUGGUGUCGUAGAGGAAGUCGGGCCGCAAGUCAAAUACCUCAAAAAAGGCGACCGCGUAGGGUGGGGAUACGAGACCGACAGCUGUGGACACUGCCAAGAGUGUCUUCAGGGAACUGAAAUAUUCUGUCCCGAGCGUGCUCUUUACGGCAUGACCAACUUUGAUCAGGGCAGCUUUGCACACAACGCCGUCAUGCGCGAGGCUUUCGUGUUCAAAAUCCCGGAUAAUAUCAGCGACGAGAAUGCAGCACCUCUGCAAUGCGGUGGUGCCACCGUCUACACUGCCUUGUCGGAUCUUAAGCCCAACGAGACAGUGGGAGUUUUAGGCGUUGGCGGCCUCGGACAUCUUGCUAUUCAAUUUGCAGCAAAGAUGGGUGCUCGUGUUGUCGUUCUCUCAGGAUCCGACAGGAAGAAGGAAGAAGCUAUCAAGCUCGGCGCCCACUACUUCUUCGCCUUUAAGGGACAGCAUCAAAUCGACCUCAAGAGCGCACCUAAGAUUACAAGACUGCUCGUGACAUCAGCAGUGCAGCCCAAUUGGAACACCCUCAUGCCCAUCAUGGCAAACAAUUCCCGAAUCUACCCUCUGACCUAUUCCACGGAUAAUCUACCCAUUCCAGCAGCUGCUUUGAAUCUUUAUGGUAUCUCUGUUGUCGGCUGUCUGGUUGCGAACAGGGCUGUGCAGCGAGCAAUGCUCGAAUUUGCCUCUUUCCACAAUAUCACCCCGGUGAUCGAGAAGUUCCCUAUGACUGAAGACGGCAUCAAGGAUGCUCUUGUGAAGUUGGAGAAUGGCGAUGUGCACUUUAGGAGCGUCUUGAUUCCUCACUAAUGUUGAUAUACUUUACUGGCAUGUAUAUAAGUCUUGAUUCGUCUUGCGUUUAGACCUGAUGCUUAUAAUGAUGGCUGAUUGAAUAUAUGUACAUACAUGACUAUCUAUGAAGCAAUGAUCAGACAUGUACGGUCUC